GCAGUGGCCGGGGGGGAGCGUCCAGGACAAUGUCUGGAGAACUUCCACCAAACAUUAACAUCAGAGCACCUCGAUGGGAUCAAAGCACUUUCAUUGGACGAGCCAAUCAUUUCUUCACUGUAACUGAUCCCAGGAAUAUUCUGUUAACCAACGAACAACUAGAGGAUGCAAGGAAAGUAGUGCAUGAUUACAGGCAAGGAAUUGUUCCUCCGGGUCUCACAGAAAAUGAGUUAUGGAGAGCAAAGUACAUCUAUGAUUCAGCUUUUCAUCCCGACACUGGUGAAAAGAUGAUUUUGAUAGGAAGGAUGUCAGCUCAGGUUCCAAUGAACAUGACCAUCACAGGUUGUAUGAUGACAUUCUAUAGGACCACGCCGGCAGUGCUGUUCUGGCAGUGGAUCAACCAGUCCUUCAAUGCCGUGGUCAAUUACACCAACAGAAGUGGAGAUGCUCCCCUCACUGUAAAUGAAUUGGGAACAGCUUAUGUUUCUGCAACAACAGGUGCUGUAGCAACAGCUCUAGGACUCAAUGCAUUAACCAAGCAUGUCUCUCCGCUCAUAGGACGCUUUGUUCCCUUCGCUGCGGUAGCUGCUGCUAAUUGCAUUAAUAUUCCAUUAAUGAGGCAAAGGGAACUCAAAGUUGGCAUUCCUGUCACAGAUGAAAACGGGAACCGCCUGGGCGAGUCGGCAAAUGCUGCCAAACAAGCCAUCACACAAGUAGUCGUCUCCAGGAUCCUCAUGGCAGCCCCCGGCAUGGCCAUCCCUCCAUUUAUCAUGAACACUUUGGAAAAGAAAGCCUUUCUCAAGUCCACGUCUCUCUCCCUUCACGUUCACCCAUGUGAUGUACCUUUUUGCCAGAGGAGUCUUCUCAGGGACCAGGAGGUUCCCAUGGAUGAGCGCGCCUAUUCAAGUUGGAUUAGUUGGCUUCUGUUUGGUAUUUGCUACACCUCUGUGCUGUGCUCUGUUUCCUCAGAAAAGUUCCAUGUCUGUGACAAGCUUGGAGGCCGAGCUGCAAGCCAGGAUCCGAGAGACCCAUCCUGAAUUACGGCGCGUGUACUUUAACAAGGGAUUAUAAAGUAGGGAAAGAAACAUCUUCAGAGGAUCCUACCAACCGCAAGUGUGGUGUAACCAAGUUGGUAAGGAAUAUCCUGGUCCUGGUCGACUGGUGACAGAAACCUUUUAACAAUCCACAUUAGCCUUUUAGAGUCAAGCUGCUACUUAUAGCACAGCACCUGGGGUGGCCUCCCCUUACAUUUGAAUCAUGGUAUAAUUUACAGAAACACCCUUCCUGUAGCUUUUAUAGUAACUGUUUUUUCAAAGACAAUAUCCCAACCCUCACCCGGAGUUUUCAAAAGCACCGCUAGGCAUAGAGUAGAUGUUCAGUAUAUUGACUGUCAGUCAAUGAAAAGGAAAUCUGUUUAAAAUACUGAAUUUUUAUCCUACUCUUGUUUCAAAUCAAGGAGAGCUCAGUAGUGAGUUGAGAAAACACAAAAGCUCUGAAGCUAAACUGUAAAAGAAAAAUGACUCAUAAAUAUUAAGGACAGUUUACUUUCCUGCCCAAUUUGGGCUGGAGGCAACCCGAAGUAGAUGAUGAGUUCUUCGCAUUUGUAGGAUAAAAGCUCCUUCAUACACCUCCCGGAAGUCAGAGUGAUAGACAAUUGUGAAAGGUCCCUGCUGUCAACAGCUGUAUGCUUUCAUAUUGCUGGUGCAUUUCUUCGGUUGAGUUUGAAAUUUAUUCUAUUUUACAUUCUUAUGAAGAUAUCUUACCUUGCACUUGUUGACUUUAUAUUCAAUCAUUUAAAUCAACUAAUCAAAUAACGGAGAUGCACAAAUGUCAAAUUUUGGAAGUAUAUUCGAAACCAACGCUGUAUGACUGGGUUGAAUCUGGCGUGUUUGAUUUUUUUUUUUAGAAGCAAGAGAACAGUUCCAUCUGCCUACAUGUCUUUUCUUGUCAUCCUCGUAGAUCUCUUUGGCUUUCAGAAAGAUACGGAAAUAAUGUGUAUGUGAAUCAAUGACUCAAUGAGUUUUACUUGAAUGUUGUAUAUUACAUUCCACCCUGUUUGAAAAUAAUGAACCCGUGGACCACUGUUUACAUCAUCUGUAGUAGCUUCACAUAUAAUAUAUUUAAUGUUAACAGAUUAUGUUUCAAUUCUGUAGAGGUUCAAAGGCAUAUGUGAGGUGGUCAUUUCACUGAGUGUAGACCACUCGAUUCAAUUUGUAAUUCAGAGACUUAUAAGUGGAAAAAAAAUGUAGAAACUAGUUUGGGCAAAUUUUUCCUGACAAUGUGACCAGACUGAAUUUCCUCAUAAAGAAAAAAUGGUGUGCCUCGUGUCUGUGUUUCUCUUUUCUCUAAAACGAUGAAUGGACCUGAAGCUUUUGGGCCACUCUGAGCCUUCCUUUAUACUGCCAGAAUAUUCUCAUUUAGCUUUUCUGUCUUAAGCCAUUUGAAGCAAAAGAGCUUCCCCAUGACAUUCUGGCCUUGGAUGUCUUUUGUUGCCAUAGAUGCUUCUCUUUAGAAAUGGGUCAAAGCAGGAAAUUCAAGGCAGAGCUCCACAAGGUGCUUAAAGGGCACUUUUAACAAGAAACUAAAGCACUUGAGGCCUACCCCACUCGCCCCAGCUAAUCUCAGAAUUCUUACCCCCGGUCAAGUGGCAGCUCCAUGUCAAAAUCUUAACCUUCAUUGAAAAAUUAAUGAAUGCCUUGUUGGAAGAUUGACAAACUAACCAAAAUUUUAAUACACACCAGGAUGAGAUGACCAAAGGAUCAUUAUAAAAGGGAUAAUGAGCCUGGAGAUGUGUCUUUUUAAACAUUAUCUGUUGAAGCUUCUGACUCUUGAUGCUUUUGUAGAGAACUAUGAACUGUAUAGUUGAAUCAUGGUUUAUAAAAAGGAACAAAGUGAACCAAGAUUGGCGAUCUUUGCCGAUCUCUUAGGAAUACCUCUUC